AUGUUUUUAGGAUAUUGUCAUAAGGAUUUUCAUAGUGGAAAUAUAUUGCAAGAUGAAAUAUAUUCUUAUGUUUCAGAUUUUGGAUUAACAGGACCAGCAGAUAAGCAAAAAACGAAUGAUAAUAUAUAUGGAGUAUUACCAUAUAUUGCUCCAGAAGUCUUGAAUGGAGAAUUAUAUACCUUAGCUUCUGACAUCUACAGUUUUGGUAUAAUUAUGGCUGAAUUAUCAACUGGAAAUCCUCCGUUUUAUGAUAGAAAACAUGAUGUGUCUUUAGCCUUAGAUAUUUGUAAUGGACUUCGUCCUGAAUUUGAAAAAGGAACUCCUGAAUUUUAUAAGGAAUUAGCUUAUAGGUGUAUGAAUGCAAAUCCAAAUCAAAGACCAACAAGCAAGGAGUUGCAGGAUAUAUUAUAUUUUUGGUUUCAUUCUAUUGAAAAAUAUGGAAAUAGUUAG